AUGUUCUCUCAUCGAGUCCUCAGAAGAGUCACCGGCUCAAGUCUGGGCCUCUCGGUCCCUCGUCGCAGUCUUGGUACUCUUCAAAGACGUCGUCCCCUAGCAAGUGCUCACGGGCAGGAUCACAGCUUCAAGCUCCCGGCUCCACGGAGCAUCUCUACCAAGAGCUUCGACACACCUCCUGCCUUUGAGGCUAGGACUGUGCUGGAUGGCGCGGACAAGGGAGUCACUGUGACGAGCGGGGACAGGUUCAUACAGAUUGAGGAUCGGAAGAAUGGAGGAUGGACCAGGCUUGACUCUGUUGUUUUGAGGGAUAGUUGUACUUGUCUCAAGUGCACUGAUCCUGCGUCUGGACAAAAGAGCUUUGCGACGACCGACAUUCCCACCGACAUCGCCAUCGAGAACAUUCGACUAGACGAAGGUGGCGUGGGUAUCUCGUUCCGCAAUGACAUCCCCCGUCUCGCCGAGGGUGGCCACGAGAUGGUUCUCCCCUGGAAGUCGAUCGAGACAGCCCUCGGACACCGUGACGUGGAGAGGCUCCCGUACCCCCGACAGGACGCCGUGUAUCCCAAGACGGGAAGGACAUUCUGGGACACGAAAACAAUCGAGUCGAGGAUCCGCAAGAUUGACUAUGCAGAGUUCAUCAAAGGCGGCGACGCAUUCUGGCACACUCUCCUCGACCUCGCCAGCCUUGGCCUCGUGUUUCUCAAGAACGUGCCGCAUGACGAAAACGCCAUCGUCAACAUCACGACCAAGAUUGCCAACAUCAAGGAGACGUUUUACGGACGCACUUUUGACGUUCGCGCGAAACCUGAUGCUGAAAACGUCGCUUACACCAGUGGUUAUCUCGGUCUUCACCAGGAUCUCUUGUAUCUCGAGAGUCCUCCCGCGAUUCAGCUGCUCCACUGCCUCGAAAACUCGUGCAACGGUGGAGAAUCCCUCUUCAGCGAUGGUCUCCGCGCCGGAAAACUCCUCUGGCUACAGAACUCGUCGGCUGUGGAGAACCUCGCCCACGUGCGCAUUCCCUACCACUACGAGAAACAUGGCUACUUCUACCGCCAGAAGCGAUCCCUCUUUGACGUUGGCGUGGACGGGAACAUGGCCGCCGUGUACUGGAGUCCCCCCUUCCAGGACCGGUUCCAGCUUGCGAGUGUUGACGCGAGGGAGUGGCUCGCGCCUGCGAGGUUGUUUGAUGGGUUGAUUAAUGACCCUGAUGCCAUGUUUGAGAUGAAGAUGGCCCCGGGAGAGUGUGUGCUUUUUGAUAACCUGCGAGUUAUGCACGGGAGGAAGGCGUUUGAUGUCGGUGGGGGAUCGAGGUGGUUGAGGGGUGCGUACAUUGCGCGUGAGGACUUUGUGAGCCGUGUGUUGCAUGUUCCUGAGGGAUUGGCAGCUGAGUAUCGCGGUGGAAAGGAAUGGAGUCGCGACGCUGAGGAUCAAGAGUUGAAGGCGUCGCCAUGGUUCAACAAAGUCAGGGGACAAGUUGACGGCGCAGUUGAAGAUCUCAAGGCAAAGGGAGCUGUGCAAUUGGGACAGGAGCAUUAUGAGCGGUUGAACGUUUAA